UCGUCGUCUCUCAAUAAAAACAAGCCGUCUACUUUUCUAUACUUCCCCCCUUGAGUCUCUCUCUCUCUCUCUAUACACUCAACACAUGGAAUUUGUUUUCUUAAAACAUCAUGUUCUCUUCGGCCUUGUAAUUUGGGCAACACUGCUUCCGAGUCCCGGCAUUUGCACAGGGCCAUGCUCUUUUCCGGCCAUAUUCAAUUUCGGAGAUUCGAACUCGGACACCGGGGGUUUAUCUGCAGCAUUCGGACAAGCCCCGUACCCCAACGGAGAGACCUACUUUCACGUCCCGUCCGGCCGUUUCUCCGACGGCCGUCUUGUAAUCGAUUUCAUAGCGGAAGGCUUGGGGUUGCCUCAUCUGAGUGCAUUUCUUGACUCGAUAGGAUCAAACUUCAGCCAUGGAGCCAAUUUUGCCACAGCGGGAUCAACCGUUAUAUUUCCAAACACAACCAUUUCCCAAAGUGGGGCGAGUCCCAUCUCAUUGGACGUGCAGCUUCUUCAAUUCUCCGACUUCCACACACGAUCCCAAAUUUAUCGCACAAAAGGUGAAUUAUUUGAGAAAUCGCUGCCGAAGGAAGAGUACUUUUCUCAAGCCCUAUAUACCUUUGACAUCGGCCAAAAUGAUAUCACUGCUGGCUACAAACUCAAUUGGACCGCAGAACAAGUCAAGGCAUAUCUUCCAUAUGUGCUCACCCAGCUCUCAAAUGCCAUCAAGAAAGUAUAUGGUCAAGGAGGAAGAUCGUUUUGGAUACAUAACACAGGCCCACUGGGCUGCCUCCCUUAUGUUUUGGUCCGCUUCGUCACUGAUCCGGCCCAAAUAAAUAAAUAUGGGUGUGCGGAUCAGAUCAAUGAGGUGGCCCAAUUUUUCAAUCAAAGAUUAAAGGAAGCUGUGAUUCAACUCAAGAAAGAUCUUCCAUUGGCUGCAAUCAACUAUGUGGAUGUCUACUCAGUAAAGUACACCCUCAUCACCCAAGCCAAAAAAUAUGGUUUUGAGAAUCCCCUCAUCGCAUGUUGUGGUCACGGUGGCAAAUAUAACUUCGACCGGUACGCAAAGUGCGGGGCCAAGAAAAUUAUCAACGGCACAGAGACGUUGAUAGCCAAAUCGUGCGAUGAUCCAACGGUUCGGAUCAACUGGGACGGGACCCACUUCACGGAGGCAGCCAACAAGUGGAUAUUCCAACAAAUUGUGAAUGGCUCCUUUUCGGACCCACCUAACCCGUUGAAAACGGCCUGUCGUUGCAGUUAGGGAGGACCACUGAAUCACCAAACUCACGCUUGUGUUCUGUGGGUGUUUUUUUCCUUUUGCUUUUUCACUUGGAAUGUAUUAUUGGGCUUGUUUUUUUGCCAAACAGAAGAAUAUCAAACAAAAGUGGAUGGGCCACCAAAGAGGCCCAUCAUCCCAUGCCUCGAGGAUUUAUGUUCCUGUCGUUUUAGAGGUUUGCGUGCAUGUCACGUGAUUGGCAUGCCGUUAUGGGCCAACCCUAGAUUUUUAUAUGUUUCUUGUUUUCACUUUGGUACUUGCCCUUUUCAGAAGAUUCAACGGUCAGAUCCUUGAAUAAGAAUAUUACUUUAUAUCCAA